UCUCUCUCUCCAUAUAUGUACUCUCUGUAUAUAUGCACAUAUGCAUAAAUCGAAUUUCGCUUUCAGUAGCUGAAUUUCGCUUAGACCUGGCUUGCUCGGUAAUCAAUGGCCGAGAAAGAUAACCGCUCGGAGCUUUCCAUCGACAACGAAGACGAUGAUUUUGACGAACCGACAGAUGACGAGGGGGAUGCUGAUGAUGAGCGAGAUGCAGACCUUGGGUCCUUCACCUCUCAACAAUGGCCUCAGACUUACAGGGAGGCCACUAAUUCCAUCUCGAUUGCUGUUUCGCCAAUGUUUGACCCCUUCCAAUCUGCAACUAGUUUUAUAUAUUCUGGGACCUUUAAAAGUAAUUUGGAACUAGAUGAGAAGAGCCCUCUGCUCCCUACAUAUGGAUGGACUUCUCAAAAAGAAAACACAUACAGGAUGGAUCCCUCAUGGUCAAUGAAGCCUCCAGUGCAUCAACUUGAGGGAGAACUUGCAAUUGGUCAUGGAUGUAGCUUGGCUCAAACUAUAUUUAAUAGUAUAAACAUUAUGUGUGGAGUGGCACUUCUAUCCGUCCCUUACACAGUGAAAGAAGCUGGCUGGGCCAGCAUACUUCUACUAGUUCUUUUUGCUGUUAUAAGUUGUUAUACAGCUUCCCUUAUGAGGCAUUGCUUUGAGAGCAAAGAAGGGAUAUUAAGCUAUCCAGAUCUGGGAGAAGCUGCUUUUGGGAAAUAUGGACGCUUUUUUGUAUCUAUUAUCUUGUACACAGAGUUGUAUUCGUACUGUGUGGAAUUUAUUAUUCUAGAAGUUGAUAACCUGAACAAACUUUUCCCUGGAGUAUCUUUGAAUUGGGCUGGGUUUCAACUGGACCCUAAUUGUUUUUUUGGAAUUCUUGUUGCUGCUAUUAUUCUACCAACUGUUUGGUUGAAGAAUUUGCAAUAUAUUUCAUACCUCUCAGCUGGAGGAAUCAUUGCAACAGCUGUAGUAUUACUUUCUUUACUUCUGCUUGGCACAGUGGACGGAAUUGGGUUUCACAAGAAUGGUCCAGUGGUUAAUUGGAGUGGCAUUCCUUUGGCAAUUGGAGUGCAUGCAUUCUGCUAUUCAGGGCAUUCUGUGUUCCCAAAUAUAUACCACUCAAUGGCUGAUAAAAGAAGGUUUAACCUGGCAAUUACAAUAUGCUUUCUGUUCUGCUGUAUAGUGUAUUGCACUGCAGGAAGCAUGGGAUUUCUCAUGUUUGGCCAUGGGACACUAUCCCAGGUAACCUUGAAUAUGCCAAAGAACACCUUUGUAUCCAAAGUUGCAUUGUGGACAAUAGUUAUCAACCCACUCACGAAAUAUGCCCUGAUGAUCAAUCCGUUGGCCAGAGGAGUAGAGGAGCUGCUGCCUCCUCAUGUUUCUAAUAGUUUCUGUUGCUUUAUUCUUCUACGGACUGUGCUUGUCAUUUCAUCGGUUUGCGUCGCGUUUCUCUUUCCUUAUUUUGGUCUUAUGAUGGCUUUGAUGGGUUCUCUUCUUUGUGUACUUGUGGCAAUGUUGAUGCCAUCUUUAUGCUUUCUGGCAAUCAUGAGGAGGAAAGCAACAAUGACACAGGUUGUUCUGAGCGUUAUAAUAAUUGUACUGGGCACUAUUAUCGCAGUCUAUGGCACGUACGCUUCUCUUUCGAGACUUGGUUCAUCAGAGGGGUGAAAUUUUUUGAUUUGGUUGGUAUCAAUGGAAUGAGUUCUUUAGUUCAGCCAG